AUGCGGUUCAUUGGGACCCAGAUCAUGCACCAUCUGAAGAAAAAGGUUUCGGUGAAAGUUCUUAAUUAUGCGGUACACUGGGAUCCAGAUCACACACCUUCAAAAGAAAACGGUUUUGGUGCGAGUGCUUAUGCGGUACAUUGGGAGCCAGAUCACUCACCUUCAAAAGAAAAUGGAUUCGGUGAAAGUGCUUAUGCGGUACAUUGGGAUCCAGAUCACUCACCUUCAAAAGAAAAUGGAUUCGGUGAAAGUGCUUAUGCGGUGCAUUGGGAUCCAGAUCACGCUCCUUCAAAAGAAAACGGGUUUGGUGAAAGUGCGUAUGCAGUACAUUGGGAUCCAGAUCAUGCCCCUUCAAAAGAAAACGGUUUCGGUGAGAGUGCUUAUGCGGUACAUUGGGAUCCAGAUCAUGCACCUUCAAAAAAUGGUUUCGAUGAGAGUGCUUAUGCGGUUCAUUGGGAUCCAGAUCAUGCACCUUCAAAAGGAAAUGGGUUUGCUGAAAGUUCUUAUGCGGUGCAUUGGGAUCCAGAUCGUGCCCCUUCAAAAGACAAGGGUUUUGGUGAAAGUGCUUAUGCAGUACAUUGGGAUCCAGAUCAUGCACCUUCUAAAGAAAAUGGUUUUGGUGCAAGUGCGUAUGCGGUACAUUGGGAUCCAGAUCACACACCUUCAAAAGAAAAUGGUUUUGGUGCAAGUGCUUAUGCGGUACAUUGGGAUCCAGAUCACUCACCUUCAAAAGAAAAUGGUUUUGGUGCAAGUGCUUAUGCGGUGCACUGGGAUCCAGAUCACUCACCUUCAAAAGAAAAUGGUUUUGAUGCAAGUUCUUAUGCGGUACAUUGGGAUCCAGAUCAUGCUCCUUCUCAACAAAACGGUUUUGGUGAGGGUGCUUAUGCAGUGCACUGGGAUCCAGAUCAUUCACCUUCAAAAGGAAAUGGGUUUGGUGAAAGUGCUUAUGCGGUUCAUUGGGAUCCAGAUCGUGCCCCUUCAAAAGACAAGGCUUUUGGUGAAAGUGCUUAUGCAGUACAUUGGGAUCCAGAUCAUGCCCCUUCAAAAGAAAAUGGUUUUGGUGCAAGUGCUUAUGCGGUACAUUGGGAUCCAGAUCACUCACCUUCAAAAGAAAAUGGUUUUGAUGCAAGUGCUUAUGCGGUACAUUGGGAUCCAGAUCACUCACCUUCAAAAAAUGGUUUUGGUGAUAGUACUUAUGCGGUACAUUGGGAUCCAGACCAUGAACAUUCAACUUCUGCUGUUCCUGAAGCACAAGCCAGACGCCACCAGAUAAAAGUUCAAACUGGCAUGUUGUUCUUGAAGAAGAAUCUGCGCGUUGGCACUGUACUGCCUCAAGGGACCAUGUUUGCACGAGGUGGUUCACCAAAGUCUGUCAAUUCUGUCAAUACUCCAUUGGAGUCAAAGUACUUGGCAACCAUCCUUUCACAUUACAAGAUACCUCACAGCUCGAUAAAGGCCAAGCAGGUUGCUGACACCCUUCAUUCAUGCGGCAAACCGGCUGACAAGGAGGAGCCUCACAUGUGCUUCUCAUCUCGCGAAGCAAUGGCCAGAUUCGCUACCAAAUCUUUGGGAGUCAGCGGCGCACGAGCAGCCAUUACAAGAAUUCAUGGGCAUGAAACCCCCAACACCAUGUAUGUUGUGGCACAGAUCGCCCAAUUCAGCAAUAAUUCGGUCCCAUGCCACCCUAUGGAUUUCCCCUAUGAGGUUUUUUAUUGCCAUAGGCCAAGAGAGGUGCAGUCUUUGACGGUGCAACUCAAGGGCUUGAAAGAUGGAACACCAGGUGUGACGGCAACAGCCAUGUGCCACAUGAACACAUCUGAUUGGGACCAGCAGUACUUUGAGCUGUUAGGCGGAGAGCGUGGUGAACCUAUUUGCCACUACAUGCCUACCAAUUACAUCAUGUUCUAUUAG